AACUACCUCUCUGAGCCCUACAGUGAGUCUCAUGACUCAGACGCAGCUAGAAAACUGUUAAAUUUUGGCGAAGACUACAGAAACUUCAUCGACAGUCAGUCUGACUGGUCUGCCUUUUCUGAUAUGUCUCCAAGAAUGAAACGGAAGUCAUGGAUGGUCCAGGAUAAUCAGGAUUCCAACAGUGAAGAGGAAUCUUUGAAACAAUUGAUAACGGAUUCCAGAGACCAGUUGAUUUUUGCUGAGGAAAUUUACGAACAGAUUAAGGCUGGUCUCGAAACUCAUUUGGUAACCAAUGAAAUAGAUGAACUGAACUCGACUUGUGAUCGACAUAUAGUUUUACUCAAACACAUGAAUGAAUCUUCUGACGAUUACAAAAUGACCCAGGGAGAUAAAGUAUUAACUUCAGAAUUAUUAAAUCAAUGGCGAAAUUUCAAGAUAAAAAUUUCAGCCAUGGACGAAUAUAGAAGACUACACAAACAAAUCUUGGAACUGAAAUCCUUCAUUGAAUCACUCAAUAUGCCGGAAACGAAGAAAAUAUUAAAACAAGAUUGUCCCGUGGAGGACAUCCAUAAUGAAAUAGAUGCCUGCAAUAGAUUGUUGGAGACCAUCACCAGCCAAGGAGCAAAAUUAGCAUCUCUUAAUGCCCUUGUACAUCGAUACACUAUUGAAAAUCAAACGUCUGAACAUUUCAAUGGUUCUACAUUGAAAACAAAAAUUUCAGAGUUAUACGAAUUAUUCGACAAUGCACGUACACGUGUUGCCGAUAAGUUAUGUCAAAUUGAAAGUCUUCUUCCUGCUUGGAAAACCUUGGAAUCAAGACUGGAACAACUUCAGAAAGAUCUCAGGCAAGACGAGAAGACUAUGCAUCUUCUCGAUUCUUGUCUAACUGACGGAACGUUCACUGAUCAGACAGCUACUUCUGUACGUGAGGUUGCGAAGCUACUAUCGGAAACUACAGUCCACCAGAGCUACAACCCACUCCAAGACAUCAUCACCGAAGGCUCUUUCUCCGACAGCGGCAUCUCCGAUGAAGGUUCUGAGCAAGAAAUCGGAGAGCGACAACGACGCCUAUCGGCUAUUCGUCGACUAGUACGUCAGUUGGAAGUUGGUUUGUCUCCCGACUCCAAGGCUAGGCUGAUGAUGAGAGAAAAACUGAAUGCGGCAGAAGAAGAACUGAAAGCAUUGCAACUCCGAUGUCGAUCCCUCAUUGUUCGUACUGCCGCAUGUUCGGGAACAUCGAUAGAUCGCCUCAGACCCCUUCCAGAAGAAGAGCCGCUGGCACCUCUAUCAAAAGCAGUAUCCGGUGACGGGGGUGGUGAUCCCGGAAACGACCCACACCCCGAAUCUUGGUUCAAGCGCCUCUUCAAAGCUUCCCUAGCUUUCCAGCUAGUCUUCUUGACUUUCGCACUAUAUCCCAAGGCUAAAUCAACCCUGCCAUUUUCUUGGUUGAUUAGAAAGAGUAUCAGGAGGAUGACUAUUGGAAAACUCAAACUGACAACACUGCGGCUUGGAAGAAGAUUGAGAUAACUGUUGCAAUAUAAUGAUUAUUUUUGAUCGCUCUGUAUAUCUAUAGAGCAUGUAAAUAGAAGUGUCAGUAACC